ACGCUUAAUACGUUAAUAAUAGAUAUUAUAAGGAUUAGUUUUAGCUUAAGUAAAGAAAUCCUCGCCCUAAGUAUAGUAAAAGUAAAGACGUACUUCGGAAUAAUAACUUUCCAUAUUUUACCUAUUAAUACCCCAUUUCUCUUAUAUUUAAAAAACAUAGAUUAA